AUGAAACGCACUUUGUUAGGAGGAUCAGUUUCCUCGCGUUUCGUGAUUUCUUCUUCUUCUUCAGAUGAUACAACAUAUGGCUCCCCUCAUUGGAUUGGUAAAGGGCUGACCUGUGUUUGUUUCAAGCCUAAGGGAAACUGUCAACCCGUCUGCAUUAAUUUGACCCCUUUACAGGAGGAAAGGCUUAGAAGAUUGAAAUGCAGAAUGAAAGUUUACUUUGAUGCUUCCAAGCUUGAUCACCAGGAUGCUUUGAGAGCUCUUUGGUCUGCUUCAUUCCCUGGUCAUGAGCUCAGUGGUUUGGUUUCUGAUCAAUGGAAAGAAAUGGGGUGGCAGGGAAGAGAUCCUUCUACUGAUUUCAGAGGAGCUGGUUUUAUAUCAUUGGAGAACCUCCUAUUCUUUGCUAAGACAUUCUCGACUUCUUUUCAGAAUCUUUUGAUGAAGCAAGGAAGAAAGGGAGUUGUAUUUGAGUAUCCCUUUGCUGUGGCUGGCGUAAAUAUUACUUUCAUGAUUAUGCAAAUGUUAGACCUUGAUGCAGCAACCAAACCCAGAACUUUCAUUAGAACAGUUUUUCUACAAAUGCUUUCAGAAAAUGAAUGGGCAUUCGAUUUACUUUAUUGCGUUGCAUUUGUGGUCAUGGACAAACAGUGGUUGGAGACAGACGCUACGUACAUGCAAUUUAAUGAUAUCUUGAAAUCAACGCGAGUUCAGCUGGAGAAAGAGUUGAUGAUUGAUGAUGUUCUACGGAUUGAAGACAUGCCUUCUUACAGUCUUCUUUCUUGA